UUGUCAUGUGAUUUGUCUUGUGAUCCCGGCAAGAUAACUUUGUGCAGCUUUGAACAGUUAAGAAUGGAGCGGAUUUUUGUUACCCUGUCAGCUUUGCUUUGUGCAUUUUCCAUUACCCAAGCAGAGUACCUAAAGUUUACCAAACAUUACGAAGAUGACGUGUAUGAAUUCAUCAACUUUCUGAAGAAGCCUUUCUUACCAGAGCGUUUCAAGACACUGGAGUUCUUUCAGAAAGCGGGUUUGGACCACAGCAAGAGGUUGACAGCUUUCUCCUUCAAGAACUGUGGAGGAAUGAUAGAUGUAAGAAGCCUGUCAGUGCAGCCUGACCCCCUCCAGUUCCCUGGAACCAUCACUUUCAGCGCUAGUGCUGCCCUCAACACCACUCUCUCAGCUCCCCUCAAUGCUAAAAUAGAACUGAAGAAGAAAGCUGCUGGAAUUUGGGUUCCACUUCCAUGCAUUGACCAGAUCGGUUCAUGCAGUUAUGGUGAUAUUUGUCAGUUGCUGGAGCAGAUUACCCAGUGUCCCCCUCAGCUCACUGCUAUCGGCAUUGAUUGUAAAUGUCCCAUUAAAGCAGGCAAGUAUACCUUACCAAGUAUGAGCCAGGACAUUGGGGCGGAAGCGUUUCCAUCGGGAGACUACGAGGUCACUGGUACGGUGACUGACAAGGACGGGAAAGUGGCGGCCUGUCUGGAGGUCCAAUUUGAAGAGUUGGAACAUGAAUUUCCCAUCGUGGAGCCCGAGGAACAUGAUGCCUAUCUGGUAGACGAGCAUCAGAUGAAAUUAAACGAUGAGUCUGAACUCCUAAUGGACCUUCUCUUCCGCAAUGCCCUCCCCGAGAGAUUCAGGGGAGAAGAUUAUUUCAAAACAGUUGGUAUAAAGAAGUCAUCCCGGGUGGAGGCUUUUCAGUGGCAGAACUGUGGCAAUAACGACCCCGCCACUGUGAUGAGCCUAUCCGUGACCCCUGACCCCUUACAGUUCCCUGGCACUGUCAACAUCGCUGGCAAGCUCCAGUUCAACUCGUCGUUUGCAGCACCACUUCCGGCUAGUCUCGUGAUAUCCAAAAAAGCCGCCGGAGUUUGGAUCAAGCUCCCCUGUAUAGACAACUUUGGGUCAUGUGACUACCCCGACCUGUGUCAGAUCUUGAGUAGCGUAGGCGACUGUCCUGAUCCGAUUACUUCCUCUGGUCUGGGAUGCCAAUGCCCCUUCAAAUCCGGAACCUUUGAUGUAAAUGGCGUGUCUUUUGAUGUGGAUGCUUCUGCCUUCCCGUCCGGAGAUUACAAAAUCAGGGGAUCUUUGACGACAGCAGGAAAAGAGGCAGCCUGUGUCGAGAUUAUCAUUACCAUCAGUUAAUAUCAUUUCAUUUAUAUAAUAAACUUGAUUUAUAAAGUA